CAACCUCUCGUAAAAGGCUAGAACACGCCAAGAGAUUAUCGCUGGGGCACACACGUGGAGAUACCGCCUCCGCACUAUAUAUUCUCAAGGCUGCACUCCACCGAGCACUCCACCAAGCACUCCACCAAGCACUCCACCAAGCACUCCACCAAGCACUCCACCAAGCGCUCAUCAUCAACCUCAAGCAUGUUGUUCAGCUCGAUCCCACCAGAGCUCAAGCUUCUGGUAGCGGAGUACCUUGAUCCAGAGUCCUGUUUCAAUCUGGCUAUAUCUUGCAAGCAGAUUUGGUUCUUAUGCCGGUCGUUGGUCGACAAGCACUCGAAGCUAUUAUCGGAGAACCAGUCGCUCAUCGUCCCACCAUUACAACCAAUGUUUGACAUAAUCAACAAUCCUCCAAAAGGGUGGUACAUCCGGGACUGUGUACUUUGGUAUAGCGAGUUCAAUGCCGCCGGUGAAACGCCAAAAUCCUUAAAGGAUAAGGAGCGCCUCAUAUCGUACUACACGAAUUGGAUGGAGGAGGAAGGAUCCAAGGGUCAUACAAUUCCGUACAAAGGACAAACCUUCAUAACGCCGAUAACGCAGCUAAUGCAUCGCCUGCCCUUCCUCACCACCCUAUCAAUCAACAGUCAGCCCAACAAAUAUGAGCCUCAUGACACCUACGAACAUGCUUAUAUCAACUUCAUGCAUGUAUUAUCGAGGCUUUAUCUUCGAUCUCUCGGCACACAGCAGGUAUGCAACUUGCCAUUCAAAUUUCUGACAACUGUCGCGGUAGUGCAGUACAAUGUGAGGGAUGGUUGCGAUUUUGAUUGGUGCCUUGGAUUCAUGUACAUCCAUCCCGUCUCUGAGGAACUUCAUUGGCAGGAUGCAAGGUGAA